CAUCAGCUUGCUAAUAUGGUAUUUUUGCCGCCCUUAUUCACGUUCGCUGAUUAUGCAGCCCUGGCACCCGCGAAAAUAAACACAAUUUCAUUGUUUUGUUUACAUCCGAUAGAAAGCCCCUCCGGAAUGAACUAUUUCCCGAACUACUACUCCAUCGAGGACAUAUUCGUGACCCAAGAGAAGGUCGAGUGCCGGGUGAACACAAAGUUGCAGCGGAUGGGAUUCCUCGACGCCGGUGCCGAUUCGGAUGAUCUCGAACCUGGUCGGACGGUGAAUUUGCCGUUGUGGUACAUCAAGGAGCUGAAGGUGAAUAACGCCUACUUCACCGUCUCCGUUCCGGAGAUCUAUCGCAACGUGCACAAGGCCGUCUGUGAGGCGGAAACCACCCACAUCGAGCUGGGGCGUCUGCACCCGUACUUCUACGAGUUCGGCCGCUACCUGACACCCUACGACCGCCAGCACGUCAUCGGUCGCAUCAUCUUCGAGACACUGCGCCAGCGGGUGCGCCACCUGCUCGAUAUCUCCAAAAGCGACGGGCAGACGGCCAAGUCGGAGCAGCGGCUGGACAACAUCGAGGCCAAGCUGCACGAGGCUGGUGUCCGUACCAACAGCCAGUACAUCGAAUGGCUGCAGAUGACGGGCAACAAGAUCCGGACCUCGGAGCUGGUGGAGGAGCAUCAGAAAAAGCGGCGCCGGGCGGAUCGCAGCGAUGAUGAGAGCGAGGUCCUGCCCAACAGCAAGCGGGCCACCCUGUAAUCCAACCCAUCACAGUAAACCAGUUCAGGCUGCUGUCGUGGAACUGUAGCAACUUUAUUUCGUCCAUGCUUUUGGUGGCCAUGGGUCGGCCUCACCUCUCAAAAAUACACAUCAUCAUCAUCAUCUACGCACUCGGCUACGUCCAUUUGUACAGUUCAAAAUACAUGGGCUUCGCAUACAUCUACACAUAACUAAGCAUCCGAUCUAGGGCCGGUCUUAAACUACUCUGCUUGGAGCUGCCGGUUCGCUCUUUCCUGGACUUGGCAAUAAGCCAAAACAACCGCGCGUUCCUAUACGACAUUGCGCCACAAAUAUUACAUGUAAAUAGUUAACUACAUAUAUAAUUAUAUUCUUGUAAGCUCAAUUAAAAUUUGAUUUUGUGCUAGUUUCACAUACACUUCGCAAAUAAACAUUCACCAAUGCCAGCGUA